UAGCGAAGUAGUAGAUAAAAUACUAACUGUCCGCGGCAUUGUUAAAUUCUUACUUUGUCGAAGACAAUGUACUGGUUGUUUUCUUUCUGAAACAUGAUGUAGUCCAUGUGAACUCCGCUUUGAUUGGCUGAAACGUGACCGUUCUUUAAGCACCUGUGAAAUAUCCGGACCUCUGUCUAAUCCUUUGAGGCUUACAGAAAGACUGAGUGACGUUUAGCACCACACCGGAGCAGUUGGACCAGGUCAAGCGACGGCCUCCUAAUCGCUGGGGAUCCAGCUACUGGUCUGAAGAAUCUGACUCGGACCGCGAGCUCUGCAGCAUGUCCAGGUGCAGUCUACGUCUGGAUGACAGCCAGCCAUACCGAAGCCCCUCCUACAACAUGGGAGGAAACGGCUGGAGAAAUACAAGAAUGGUGAAACAUCGUCAUUCUCAGCAGCUCUCCGCAUCCUGCUCGGAGUCGCUCCUCUACCCCCGAUCUCAUCAACUAUCCAAUCAGUCAUUCCACUCGCAUGCAGACGCUUCUGAUGCCUCGCUGCUGUCAUCCUUACUUCACGAAUCUUCCAUUGGUCAGACCUCUGUCCAGGAGAACCCUGCGCUUGACACCUGGGAGAGCACCGUCAUGGAGGAACAGAGCGCUGUAGCUAACAGCACUCAGAUUAGUUCUGACUGCCACUGUCCCAAUUCCAUAGCCCAUACACUGACUGAAUUCUGCCGUGAAGAUUGCGAACGUAACAGCGAGUCCAGAACCGCGAACCUCUGUUCCUCCAUGGAGGCAUCCACGAUCAACAACGGGCACCAAAGUCUGCGCGGUGCGACAGAUGCGCUGCCGAUGUGGUCUGAUUCUUUACUGGUUGGCGCGAAAAGGGCUGCGGCCUGUUGUCAAUCAGUGCUGGCCAGUGUCUGGCAAGUUGACAGUCAACAUGGAGCUCGGAUGGGCCACGGUGGCGACAUGAAAAACAAGCAGAAGAGGCUUCAUCCUAAUGGAUCUCUGUGCGACGACUGCAAGGAGAAACAACAUACGCAGCAGACGCACGAUGUUGGCUCGUCUUGGUCCGCUCGGGCUCUGAUGCUCUGCUGCUUGUUGUGGCGCCUCACUGUGUUUUCAGUGUGGUGCUUAUGUCGACUGACUUCGUCACUGUGGAGACUAACCAGGACAAUGUUAUCAUCCUCUCACGUCACAGGUGAGCCAGUCAUGAUAGGCGGUGUGUUCAAAUGGAGCAAAAGCCCUAUGUUAACAAGGUUUCCUCUCGUAUUUGUCCCGAUUCUUCUGGUCCUAAUUGGUUUGUUUUGGUUUGGCCUAACUGGUCUACCGGGUCUGAGUGUUCUGGAGUUGAGGAGUUCAGUCACUGACAUCCCUACGCUCACCUCACAUGAAGAUCUCGCUCCUAAAUGGCCUAUUAAGAAUCUAGCUGCUGCAGAGGACUCAAAGGAGGAAGCGACAGCAGCGUCUGAUUCCGCACGCCUUGCUAGCAUGGAGUACAGCCUGGCGGCAUUAUGGGAGCGUGUUGAAGCUAGUGGCCGGCAUGCUGAGAGGAUGCAAGGGAAACUAAUGCAGAAGCAGUCGGGACAGAGGCACAGAGGCGAGAGAAGCAGCCUGUGGCUGAGUAGCCUGGUGAAGCACCAUGUGGACACGUUUAGGAGACAAAUGGAUGAGGAUAGAAGGCAGAGAGAGCAGGAGUUAUUCCAUCAGCGGAGCAAGACCUCUCGUCUGGAGAGGAAUCUGCAAAACCUGGCGGCACAGUACAGGCUUGUUCUCCAGGAGGCGAAGUCGAGGCAAGAAGCUAACGCAGCGUUGUCGACAGUUUGUGAUAAUUACAGCGUUGCUGUACACCGUCGGUCGCAUGAUGCCUUGUUGUCAGAACUUGCUCAACUAGAAGCGGCUCUGAAGGACAUCAGGCGGGAUGUGGAUGGCAUGCUGGGAUGUCAGCAACUAGACCAGGAAACUAUUUUGGCUCAGGUUUCCGCUCAGGUCCACAAAGAAGUUCGCGCUCUGCUCUACGGGAGCAAUUGGGGUGAUGAGACUGGCUUCCCUAAUUCGAAGCUCUCUGGACGCUAUGUCAGAGAGGCUGACCUGCGGGCGUCUUUAGCCGAACUGGAGCACAACAUCAGCCAUCAUCUGGACCAGCGCCACAGUAAGAGGGCGCUCAAAGAGGUGGAUAGGAAGGCGCUGACCAGGAUGGAUGUGGAUGUAAUGAUAAAGAACGCAUUGCGCCUUUUCUCCCAUGACCAGACCGGUCUUGCUGACUACGCGUUGGAGUCUGGAGGGGGCAGCAUUCUUAGCACUCGCUGUUCUGAAACGUACAAAACCAAAGCGGCGUUGAUCAGUUUGUUUGGAGUUCCUCUCUGGUACUUCUCGCAAUCUCCUCGAGUUGUCAUCCAGCCAAACGUCCAGCCAGGGAACUGCUGGGCUUUCCAAGGCUCCCGGGGUUUCUUGGUUAUCCAGUUGUCUAUGAAAAUCUUGCCCACUGCCUUCUCACUGGAGCACAUUCCAAAAGCCUUGGCGCCCAGUGGCACGCUGCGCAGCGCCCCCAGAGACUUCAGAGUCUACGGUUUGGACGACAGAACUCAGGAGCAAGGGACGCUGCUCGGCUCGUACAUGUACGAUGAAGAUGGGGAAGCUUUACAGACCUUCUACGUGACUGAGAACGAGCGUGCCUUCCAAGUCAUCGAAGUGCAAGUCCAUUCCAACUGGGGCCACCAAGAAUACACCUGCAUGUACAGAUUCAGAGUGCACGGCACUCCUAUUGAAGCCUGAACAGCUCCCACUUUGCCUUUUUUUUUUUUUUUUUUUUUUUUUAAAUAUUUGCCUUCUAAUUUAAGUUUGUAUUUUAUUUUAACAUGAACUCUUUAGUUUGACAUUGAAUGUAAUAUGACGACUCUUCGAAAUGGCCUGGACUUGUGUGCAUUAGAAUUUUAUAAUGUCCAAAAAUGAUAUAAACUUGAUGCCUUCAAAGCUGUAAUUGCACUGUAUUUAUUGUAUUGUUCUGUGAUUUCAGGCUCAUGUUUCUUACUUGUUGGGCCUUUGCUUUUGAGAUGUAAAUAAAGUUCUGACAUUUCA